AUGUUUAAGAUUAACCCUCCGAAACCAUCCGAUCGCCGGCGUCGCCACUCACGAAAGUAUGCGCCUUCUCCUGAAGAACUCCCAGAGCGUCUUGACAAGAAGAAGCAGGAAAAAAAGGUGGAGCGGAAGCCGCCGCCCGAAGUCUCGGAGCUUCUGGGCAGCUAUUUCGUGACUGGAGGGCGAGCGGGAGGGAAUACUCGCGCGGAACUACGGACAAUUGAGAGAGAGGUUGUUGAAAGUGAAGCAACCAGACCCCGGGACCCGAAGCCUGGAGAAGUCAUUUUCAAAGAACCGCCACGGCCAGAGGCACUGCGCAGAGAGAGGAUCAAAACCGAACAGGUACAAGCUGAGCGUCUACGUGAGACUCUUCGUCGAGAGGAAGGAGAUGGUAUAUAUCGCCGCCACGAAGCUGAACGGCAGGGAUGGGAGCAUGAGCAUCGACGACAACAAGAGGAAAUUCGAAAAUACCAAGCUGAACUUGAACGUGUGAAAUAUGAGCGUCAAUUUGAGACUCUACGUCAAGAACACGAAGAUAUGUUACGGCGUAAUGAAGCUGAGCUUCAACGCCGCGAAGCGGAUAUUGUUCGAAAACAUGAAGCACGUGAAGCUGAACUUCAACGCCGCGAACUGGCUAUUGUUCGAAAACGUGAAGUACGUGAAGCUGAACUUCGACGCGCUGAGAGGGAACGAGAGGUUGAAGUUCAAGGCCAUGAGGGCGAGCGUCGACCUCAUCAGGUUCAAGUUGACUAUUCUGAACAUCAAAUUGUGGUUCAAGAACACAAUCCUAGAUCCGAAUCCAGAAGGCGUUCGCGUCAUGGCACGGACAGUGACAGCGACGAUCGCCCCUCAGACCAACCAGAACCACGAUCGGGUUUACGAGGGGGAGGGCCUUCGGGAGGAGGGAGGUAUCGAAAUGACAAUGCUAGACUUGAACCCGAAGAUCUAAUCUACAUAUUUUACGUUCGAUACGGCGAAAUUAAAGAGAUACCAACGCGCCUUUCACCUAGAAGACUGGGUGGCAUUGGCCGCUGGACUGAUAAGGACCUUUUGACGCACCUCGUGGAGGGAUACCGGAGGCAAGGUGGGAAUGGAAAGUGGUGGACCUGGAGAUAUUGGUGGGAUUCAUUCAUGAAGGAGAUUGCUGCCUUGAUCCUUAUCCAAAUGGAAGAAUCGAGAGUCAUUUACGAGAGGACACCAUACCCCGGCCAGAGGGAGCAACCCCCAAUCACCGACCUACGGCGCCAAGUCAAGCGAAGUAUCGAUCUCUUUGGCGGCAAAGAAGCAUCAGGCCAGUUUAGAUACUUGAUUCGCCACUAUAAAAGAAGGACCGACAACAGCCGGAUCAUAACGAGCCAAAUCGACCGGCUGACCAUAUGGGCACAACAAGCCCACGCCGAGACGGAACAUUACAAAUAUUAUUUGUUGCUGCAGGUAGUUGAAGGGCAGAACGGGCAAGCGUUCCUCCUGGGCAUCCUCAUCAUCAUACUCUGCUUCCUCGCCUUCGGCCUCGCCCUUGGCGCAACUCAAGCAUCCAGCAUCAGUUGGGGCGACGUCUUCUCCAUUUCUGGCUUCGGCCUGGCCGCUCUGAGCGGCUUAUUCGCCCUCAUGGCGUUGGCCCAGUACCUCGGUUUGGAAGACAUGAAUCCGGGGAAUCCGAUUUCCAGAAGCGCGUCGGAGGAUUAG